GAAAGAAAAAAAAAAAUGAAACUAUAAUACAAAGACAUGGAUAAAUGAAUGCAAGGGCAUUGUAGUAAUUGUGCAAAACAUUCGCCAUAUCUGCAAUUAUUACAUGUGUGUCUUCAUCUCUACAACCUUACCAUAGCCUCCAACCUUACCAACCUAGUACCCCUUCUUCUUCCUCAUCCCCUCAACAAACACAUAAAUCAAAUAUGCCAAAUUAUGCGCAAGAAUUACGGAUUCGCCACAACUACAACGACAUCGAUUCUUCUUCAUCCGAAGACGAAAAUCUAGAAGAAGAAGAUCAUGAAGAAGAAGAAGAAGAAAACACAGAAGACUCCAAAACCAAGUACGGCGGCUGCGGGCCGGGGGGGCGGCGCCGCCGCGUGGGGUGGUGGUUGUGGGGUAAGGUUCUGGACCCGAGGUCGACGUGGGUGAGGGAAUGGAACAGAAUAUUCCUUCUGGUAUGCGCCACCGGACUUUUCGUCGACCCGCUCUUCUUCUACGCACUCUCAAUAAGCGAGAACUGUAUGUGCCUCUUCGUCGACGGUUGGUUCUCCGUCACCGUCACCGUCCUCCGCUGCAUGACCGACGCCCUCCACCUCUGGAACAUGUGGCUCCAGUUCAAGAUGAACCGCCGCCCCCACCACCCCCACCACGGCGGCGCCGCCGUCGAGAGGCACGGAGGAGCUGAUGGGUUGAUGAUGCACGACGGCGCCACCGCCGGAGAAGUCGCCUGGAAAUACUUCAAGUCAAAGAAGGGUUUCUUCUUGGAUCUCUUCGUCAUCCUUCCGUUGCCUCAGAUAGUAAUGUGGGUGGCGAUCCCGAAGCUGCUGGAGAAAGGUUCGACAACGGCGGUGAUGACGGUGUUGCUAGUAACAUUUCUAUUCCAAUAUUUGCCCAAAAUCUACCACUCCGUUGGCCUCCUCCGCCGCAUGCAGAAUCUCUCCGGCUACAUUUUUGGUACCGUUUGGUGGGGCAUUGCUCUCAACCUGAUCGCCUAUUUCGUCGCUUCUCACGCUGUGGGAGCAUGCUGGUACUUGUUAGGCAUACAAAGGGCUGCAAAAUGCUUGAAAAAGCAGUGCAUGUCGACCAAGGACUGCAACGAAAGAAUGAUGGCUUGCCAAGAGUCGAUAUACUACGGCACGAAAGAUAUAAUUUCGGACAGAACAAGAUUCAUGUGGGGGGACAACAAAUUUGCAAGAACCACUUGCCUCGAAAACUACGACAAUUUCGACUACGGAGCUUAUAAAUGGACCGUGCAGCUUGUCACCAACAACAAUCGUCUCGAGAAAAUACUGUUCCCUAUUUUCUGGGGCCUCAUGACUCUAAGUACUUUCGGGAACUUGGAGAGCACAACAGAUUGGUUAGAAGUGGUUUUCAUUAUCAUUGUUCUCACCACUGGACUCCUUCUUGUGACAAUGUUAAUUGGUAACAUCAAGGUGUUCUUGCAUGCGACGACAUCGAAGAAACAGGCAAUGCAGCUAAAGAUGAGGAAUAUAGAGUGGUGGAUGAGGAAAAGACGACUGCCUCAAACAUUCAAGCAAAGAGUAAGGAAUUACGAGAGGCAACGUUGGGCGGCAAUGCGUGGUGUAGACGAAUGCGACAUGACUAGAAAUCUGCCUGAAGGACUCAGGAGGGAUAUCAAAUAUCAUCUGUGUUUAGAUUUGGUCAGACAGGUACCUCUAUUCCAACACAUGGAUAAUCUGGUCCUCGAGAAUAUUUGUGAUCGUGUCAAGUCCCUCAUAUUCACUAAAGGAGAAACAAUAACAAGAGAAGGCGAUCCGGUGCAAAGAAUGCUAUUCAUAGUAAGAGGGCAUCUGCAGAGCAGCCAAGUCCUACGCGACGGAGUGAAGAGCUGCUGUAUGUUGGGCCCCGGCAAUUUCAGCGGCGACGAGCUUCUCUCAUGGUGCCUGAGGAGGCCCUUCGUCGAGCGGCUGCCGCCGUCUUCCUCCACGCUCGUCACCCUCGAGACCACCGAGGCUUUCGGCCUCGAGGCGGAGGAUGUCAAGUACGUGACCCAGCACUUCCGGUACACGUUCGUGAACGAGAAGGUGAAGAGGAGCGCUCGGUACUACUCGCCGGGGUGGCGGACCUGGGCGGCGGUGGCUAUACAGCUGGCGUGGAGGAGGUACCGCCACCGCCUUACGCUGACGUCGCUAUCUUUUAUCCGGCCGAGGAGGCCGCUGUCGAGGUGCUCGUCGCUUGGGGAAGAUAGGCUCAGGCUUUAUACUGCCCUGUUGACUUCCCCCAAGCCCAAUCAAGAUGAUUUUGACUUUUAAUUACUAUUAUUAAUGUUUUUUGUGUCAACUUUUUUCGAGUAUAUAAUACAAGUAUAUGGUACUACUCACUAUGUAUGUUUGAUGUUUGAGAUGUUGAAUAAUUGUGUUGUGAGCAAUUUAUUUACUUCUUUUCAUUUCAUUUUUUUUGAGAAAAAUAAAGUUGGAAAGAAAAGUAAUAUUGUUUGUAAGCAA